GGUCAUUUUCACAGGCUAGUCUGACUUUAUGAUUCGAUGUCGGUUCUGGAGGAGAGAGCAGAUGCUGGCUGUGAGGGAAAGAAUGUUCUUGAGAAGAGGAGGACGGGGGAAAGACCAGUGACUUUGUUUUAAAUCAAUGACAAGCAGACGUUUCUAUCCGCAACGCACUUUGGCACCGUAAUUAACGGACGAGAUGUUGCGCUGGUGGUCUCCGUUGACACUGUCCCUCCUCGGGCUCAUUAGCGUGUGCUCGGGCACCCCCGAAGAUUUUCUACGCUUGCAUGAUGACGGAGGAGAGUCUGGCUCCGGGAUGCUGCGCACAGAUGAGGUGAACAUUCUGCACGAGUUUUCCAUACAGUUGCCCAACAGUCCGAACACCUCUAUGGUUGUGGAGGAUGGCAGGUGUCCAAUCCUACAGGCGGGACAGUACUCCAUCUUGGCUCUCCCUCUCCCGCAGCUCUUCACUGAAGGGUUUGCUGACGAGUUCAGUCUACUGGUGCAGCUGAAGAGUCCUCAGAGAGUUGAAAGCAGCGUAUUCACCAUGCUGAGCCCAGACGGCCAUAUCAUGCUGCAACUGCGAAUCAGUGCUUUCACCAUCAUCCUCACUGGAGCACAGCUGCGGCACUAUGAGUUCCCCAUCAGCUAUCUGACUGAUGGAAAGUGGCAUCAUGUAGCAGUCAGUGUGUCUGGCCAGCGUGUGGCAAUAUAUGUGGACUGCACUCUGCUGGAGAGUGUGGACUGCGACAACCAUGGGCUGGCGAUCAAAACUGAUGGACUCUUCAUCAUUGGAGGCAUCAUUGAAGGCUUUGAGACUCCAUUUGAAGGCCAGCUGCGUCAGCUCACCUUCCUGAUGCACAACCCAGAUGCUGCUCACCAACACUGCAGCCACCAUCCACCACGCUGUGGUGGGGACACCUUCAAGCCGCCACGCUACCUACGCAACAGUGCUUUGGAGAUUCUAUCGUUGUCCUCAAAUGACUUCAACGACCUGAUGGGACAGCCAGAGGAUGAGGAAUCCAACAGUUUAUCGUCCGACCCUGCUGAAAUCCCCAAUAAACUGACCAUGGCUGAACAAGGUGGACAACCAGCAGCCAUAUCAUUACAAAAUGUGAUGUGGCAACGAGGCGCUUCUCAAGGAGACGGGACUCUGCCUUCAGGAACUAGUCGUAAACGUUCAGUUGGACACGGAGAUGUCUUUGUCGUGGAUGAGGACACUGAAUUGUUGGAUCUGACAUUGCAAAUUGGCGGACUAAUUAACCCUCAGUGGAAGAAUUCCAAAAAUGGACUUAGGGCCAACCAGAAGGGAAAGGCUGAAGUUGCAUCAAAGGAUUUGGAGGAGAACAUCACUACAGAUAAAAAGGUUGACCCUAGUGGGAAGACUUCAUCAACAUUCUCAGGAAAACCAACCAAUGGCAUCAUUAAUCUUGACAGUAGAGAUUCUCGCAAAAAUCCUGUUGUGGAAUUUACUCUUCCUUCUAAGUUCCCCACAGAUACACAACCACCCUUUGACUCUACUGCACAAAGGGUCAUCAACCAAAGUCAAUCUGUCAGAAAGCUAGAUGAGCAGGACAGACAGAUAACAACACAGAACUUUACAUACACUUACCAUCCAGAUAAACUCCAAGGAGAACUUCCACACAAGAGCAAAUCUGAAACAGUAACCAUUAUAUCUAAAGAUAGAGACCUGGUCCUUGGCUCAAAUGGCAAAAUGUAUCGUCUCAAACCUGGACCACCAGGCAGAAUGGGUCCUCCUGGACAAGAGGGCUGUGCUGGAGAACCUGGAUGGCCUGGAUUUAAAGGUGAUAAGGGUAAGAUCGGCCCUGAAGGGAGACCAGGAAAUAAGGGUGUCCGUGGACCUCCAGGACCACCAGGUUUACCAACCCUGUACCUGUGGAGGAACACUGCUGAGGAGUGGGCUGCCUUCCAGCAAACCAAUUUCUACCAGUUACUCCGUGCUGGUUGGCCUAGUAAAGACGGCCCUGCUGGACCACCUGGAGAGAUGGGCAAGACUGGCAUGCAGGGUCCACCUGGAGAACCUGGGGAAUGUGGGCGACCAGGGAUGCCAGGAGAGAUGGGUGAGCGGGGACCCAGGGGACCUCCUGGAAGAGCAGGGCCCCCAGGCAGAGAUGGGGAAAAUGGAGAAGAUGGUCAGCAGGGGUCACAUGGUGUUCCUGGAUCACAGGGCCCAUGGGGUUACCGUGGUGAGCGAGGUGCCAAAGGGGAAAAAGGUGAUGAGGGUCUUAUUGGUCAAAAAGGUCCAAGAGGGCAAACAGGGGAACCUGGCGAGAAGGGUUCAAUUGGUUUACCAGGGCCACAUGGUCCUGUCGGGCCCAGGGGGGAUCCCGGUAUCCGAGGUGGCUAUGGUCCGCAGGGCCCACGCGGACCCGAUGGUGAUCAUGGAUUGGACGGCCCUCCGGGUUUUCCGGGUCUGACGGGUGCACCAGGCAUUACAGGACAAGUUGGUGCUCAAGGAGUUAAUGGCGCAAGGGGGGACAUUGGCCCUGCAGGCAAUGUUGGCCGCAAAGGCCCACAGGGGCCCCCAGGUUUAGACGGACAGGUGGGGAAUCCCGGACCCAGAGGGCCCCAAGGAGCGCCAGGACUCAGUGGUGGAGCAGGGCCGAAAGGAGAUCCUGGGCCUGUGGGCACCAUGGGUAUGCGGGGUGAAUCCGGCUUUGAAGGGCCAGUGGGGGCACCAGGAGAGGCCGGUCCACUGGGUUUCCCUGGAGUUACGGGCAUUCGGGGACCAGAUGGGGACAAGGGGAUUCCAGGUCCUAAAGGAGAUAAAGGUUAUCAAGGGGCAACUGGUAUUAGAGGUUCACAGGGACAGAGGGGCCCUGCUGGGUUUCCAGGUCACCUUGGAGUCAUGGGUCAACCUGGCCCCAAAGGCACUGAGGGCGGGAAUGGUGAAAUGGGUCAUCAUGGAAAACAGGGCAGCAAUGGAUUAAAGGGUAAGAGAGGACCCGAUGGACGAAAUGGAAACACAGGACCCAGAGGAAACAGGGGUCGGUCAGGUCAAAGGGGACCCAGCGGCCAGCCAGGUCUAUCGGGUUUGGCGGGUCACCCUGGACCAGAGGGACCAGAAGGAAAGCCUGGUACACAGGGUCCCAUGGGGCCAGCUGGCCCUGAGGGUAAUAAAGGGCUUAUGGGUCUUCAAGGAGUUUAUGGAGAAAGAGGACCUGAUGGAGCACUGGGUUCAAUGGGCCCUCCAGCGUCUCCAGGACCUCAGGGGAUUACUGGAGCCCCAGGCGAAAAGGGUUUUACAGGGAAGCCUGGCAUGGCAGGACCGCAGGGCCCAGUUGGCAUGUAUGGUAUUCACGGCACCGUGGGCAUGCGUGGGCAUCCGGGAGCCACUGGAGAGAGGGGUGAGACAGGUUUGCGAGGUUUUCCUGGGCCUGCUGGAAAGCCAGGACCUCCAGGUCUGUCAGGUUCCCCUGGAGAGAAAGGGCCCCAGGGACCCCAGGGUCGACCUGGAGAUGAAGGACCCAAAGGGAUUCAGGGUGUACUAGGUCCUCCAGGUCUCCAAGGUGAUGCUGGAGCCACUGGGAAACCAGGGCCCCGGGGAAGUAAUGGGUCUCCUGGACCUCAGGGGCCACAAGGGCCAGCAGGAAUCCUAGGCCUCCAAGGUGCGACUGGAUUAAUAGGGGUAGCAGGAGAAAGAGGUGAAAAGGGUUUACCUGGCUUAGGUGGCGAUGCUGGCCCUGCUGGACUUGAUGGCCAACAGGGUCUACCAGGCCACACGGGAGAUGAAGGACCACCUGGAUGGAAAGGAGACCCGGGAAACCCAGGGCCUCCAGGGAAACCUAGUCCUCCAGGACUACCAGGACAGAGAGGACAUGAGGGCCUAAAAGGACUAGAGGGUCCACCUGGACCCAUUGGUAAAGAGGGGGAUGUCGGUUAUCCUGGUGUAGCAGGAGAUCCUGGACUUAAAGGAGAGAAGGGUGAGGUGGGGCCCCUCGGCUUCUCUGGUCCUGAGGGCACUUGGGGAGAACUUGGAGAAAAUGGGGAAAGAGGCCCAAAGGGGGAGAAAGGCCAUAUUGGAUUAAUGGGUGAACCAGGUCUGGUCGGGGAAAUGGGCCCUCCUGGUGUUUUGGGGUUAGAGGGGAGUGCAGGAACUUCUGGACCCCCAGGGCCAAAGGGAUUUCAAGGACAAAAGGGAGAGUCUGGGAAUAUUGGGAUAGCUGGACCUCAAGGGUCAAGAGGCCCUGCGGGAAUACCUGGAGUGCGGGGUGUCAGAGGAGACAGUGGAAAAUUGGGACCAUACGGUCAACUCGGAAUGGGUGGCCCUAAAGGUGACCAAGGAGCUAAAGGGGCACUGGGGCAACAAGGAACAAAAGGAGAGCCUGGAGCCCCAGGCCCACCAGGGCAGCAGGGAGAAGAAGGCUUACCAGGAAUCCAAGGUCCUUCAGCUCUUCCUGGCUUAGAGGGGGCUCCAGGAGAGAUGGGACCCCAGGGCCCUCCAGGUCCCAUUGGGAAUACUGGAGGGCAAGGCAGACCAGGACCUGAGGGUAAACAGGGCGUAAAAGGUGAAAAGGGAGAUCAUGGCAAGAGUGAUUCCCCAGGAAAGAUGGGUCAUAUUGGGCGAAGGGGGAAACGGGGGAAAGCUGGAAUCCGAGGAGCCAGAGGAAUCAGAGGACCAAAAGGUGAAAAAGGAGAAACAGGACUAGCAGGGCACCUUGGCUGGGCAGGGACCAUUGGUAACCCUGGUUUACGUGGAGAGAUGGGGGAUCGAGGUGUAAAGGGAAAUGAGGGUGAAAAAGGUGACAUGGGGCUAUCGGGACUACCUGGACUUGAUGGCACCAAGGGUAUCCGUGGACCUGUUGGGUUGCCAGGGCAAGUUGGUCUACAGGGAGAACAGGGAAAUAUUGGUCUACCAGGGCCGAGAGGAACAUCAGGCAUGCCUGGAUUGCCAGGCACAUAUGGAUUGAAGGGCAUGAAAGGCUACCAAGGUUUGCCUGGUCUGCCUGGCAGAAGAGGCUUCCCAGGUCCUCCUGGUGUUCCUGGACCUCCAGGACCAUCUCUAAACAUGACUUUGAUAGAAUUGAAGGAACUAAUGUAUGUGUCUGAUAAACCCAAUUACUCUUUGAUCCAAACUCUUCUGGAUUCUCUGGAACAUGAGCUUCAACUACUGAUGGAUCCUCCUGAUGGCACCAAAGAGCAUCCCGCCACCACCUGUGUAGAAUUGUGGCUCUGCCACCCAGAAUACACCAGUGGAACAUAUUACAUCGACCCAAACCAAGGCAGCUCUGCUGACGCUCUGCUGGCCUAUUGCAGUUUCUCCAGCACAUCAAUACAGACAUGCCUUCAUCCUCAAGAUUCUCAGUUGCCCAUGAAAGCGUGGAUGGAUGAAGCUUCUACAGAUGGCUCCUUUCAGUGGCUCAGCAGGCAGGACCAAGGAUUUCAGUUUAUUUAUCCAGGUGCCAACUUGGUGCAGAUGCGUUUUCUGAGGUUGCACAGUAGCACAGCCACACAGAAGAUGACCUACUCCUGCCACCCAGGACACAAGUUGGGCCAGUCUAAAAAGGACAUCAAAUUCCUCUCUGACACAAGAAAGCAAAGUUUCCUUGGAGCAAUUCAAGAUUGUGUGCCUGGAGAAGAGACGGGGUCAGGACCCCGGGAGUCGGUGUUUGAGUUUGAGGACCUCCACCUACUUCCUGUCAGAGAUGUGGCACUAAUGGGUGGUAGAAACUUCACAUAUCAGUUUGGAUUCAGUGUUGGACCCGUUUGUUUCAGUUAGAAUAGCUCAUCAGCUGUGCCACCCCAGAAGUUUCAGGUCCUGGAUGCAAACUCAAGACAAAUGUCGACUCUCCACUAACUUCUAAGGACACCCCUUGUUUUUUUUGGUUUUUUUUUGUCUUUGGGGAAUUCAUCUGAAGUUGAAUGAUUGUUGUGUGCUCAAGCUCACGGAGAAGUAUGUUGUUUACAGACACUUACACGAUGUAAAUAGGGUUUUGAUUAGAGCCGGCCCGUUGUGUAAAUAAUGAAUAUACACUUCCAUAUAGUGCAGUACAUGCUUCAUUGGAACAUAUUGUAGUCACUGGUGAGCUUUCGGCCAUAAGCCAACAAAGUUGAACUCAUGUCACUUUCAAGGUGCUGAUCACAAUUUAUUUAUGAGUUCCACAUGUAUUUAAUCCAUCCAAAACCUUACAGGGACAGUUUUUAUUAUUUUAGGACUAUCGGUAAUGUCUUUUGUCAGUCAUACAAAUAAUUGUUUACCAUGUUUUACGUUUUCAUUUAAAUGUGUAAUCUUUAUGUCUCAGGUAGGGUAUUUGGAUUCUGUACACAUGGGCACCGAAGCCAGUUUUGUUCCCAAAUGUUAUACAAUUUAUUGAGUUAAAUAGGUAUAUUUUUUAAUGAUGACAAGAGAAAUGACAUCCAGGCUGGCAUUGUCUAAAACCAAAUCCAAUUGACUGUUACGUUUUACAAUGGUACGUUUUACAAAUGUUUAAAAGCUUUGGAAUCAUACCAGUACCACAUACAUUUGUGUGUGUGUUAAAGAAACCUCACUGGGAAGCUUUUAAAGUUUAUUACUUCAUAACAGCCUUACUAUUUUCUUUUGGUAUUGUUACUGGUUUAGGCAAUAAUUUUCUUAGCCUUAUUCCAGACCUCAAGAAUCACUGCCCAGAUCAACAUAUGUGGUGCUGUACUUUAUAACGUGCAUUUUCUUCUGCUUGCUCACUAAAUAA